UGUAAAUCCUGAAUCGGUUUCAACGUGUCAACUGUCAACAUGGCAAUGUUUAGUUGAAAAAUUUCAUGUAUAUUAGUUAAUUUAAAUAUUCAUCAUAUUUUUUCCAAAGAUUUAAAUAGCAGACGCAUUAUGUCAGCUCUUUUUAAUUUUCAAAGUCUUAUGACAGUGAUUUUAUUGCUAAUAUGCACGUGUGCUUACGUGCGAUCAAUUAUACCGCGUAUAAUAGAUGGCAAAAAAGUUGGGGUCGGAGGUAUAUUUUGGAAAUGUGCAAGAAUUGGUGAAAGAAAAAGUCCCUACAUAGCAAUUGGUUGUUUAUUUAUGGCAUUCAGUAUAUUAUUUUGUUCUUAAACAAUAAUUCUUUGAACAAACAAUUUUAACAAAUAUUUUUUUAUUAAAUAAACUGAUUAAUAUUAAUGUUUA